AUGGCGCCAAGACGCCUUAGAAUGGUGUGUUCCUCCGACGAACACGACGAACCACAGCACCACCAGCAACCACCGCAAGUCGAAGAAUACGACGACGACGAUGUGGAAAUCGAACUACAAGAACCUACACUAAACCUUGAAACAACGGAGAACAAAAAUGGCGCCAAGACGGCUUCGAAUGGUCUGUUCCUCCGACGAAGAAGAGGAACCACAGCACCACCACCAACCACCACAAAUCGAAUUCUGCGACGACGAUAUAUAGAUAUGGAACUACAAGAACCUACCCUAAACCUAGAAACAGUAACCAUAAACUCCUCAAACCCUAACCAGAACCCUAAUUCUAAUCCCUGUGGAGCAAUCCAGCUUGAAAUCUCCAAUGACGACUUCAUCGACGUCCCUGAAAACUUAUCUCCUCUGCCUCCACCUGCACCAAGAAGGGACUGGUUAGAUUCUUGCAUUCUCUGCCUUGAGAUCUUGGUUCCGGGCUUUGUGAGGUUUGAUAAUGUCACAAAGGCGAAGCUCUGUUUCAAGCAGUUCUUGUAUUCGGAUAUGAACUACACUGGUGUUCUGGGAUGCUUCCAGAAAACUGCUGGUUUUAAUUUUCAAGUCAUUCUACUUAAAUGCCGAAGAAUUGGAUGGGAAGAGGACACUGUUCAUACAAAGUCAGGACAACAGAGCUUUCUUGCAUUCUGCUACGCAACGAGGAAGCGUGCAAUGGAUUCAUUUCGAUCUCAAAUGCACACUACACACAAUCCAGUGCCAGAAUUAAGAACCCCACCAGGGUCACCACCAUUGCUGCCAAAACCAGCGCUCACUUCUUCCCUGCCUUACCUUCCAUUGUCGUAUGUUUUCCUCUGCAGCCAAAACCAGUGUCUUGAAGAAACACUACAGCCUCUGCACAUGUAUGUUUAG